GUGACCGACCUUAAGAAGGUGAACAAACACCUAAAGGUGCUGCUAGCCGUCGGCGGCUGGACUCUGGGUCCGGAGCCAUUCCGCGAGAUGGUGAGCGACACAGCCAACAGACAGGAGUUCGUGAAGGACGUCGUCAGAUUCCUGCGCAAGUUCCACUUCGACGGACUGGAUCUCGACUGGGAGUAUCCGAAAUCGUCGGAUAAGGACUUGUACGUCACUCUAUGCAAGGUGAAAUGGAUCCGUGAUAAUGGCUACGGUGGCGCCCUCGUGUGGACAAUAGACUUGGAUGACUUUACGGGAACCUUCUCAGGCAAGG